UCCACCCCCAUCGCUGCAGUGUCUCUGCUGGCCGGGAGCAAAGCGGGCGAGGAUACAGACGCUUUGUCAGGGCCCAGAAAAGACGGAGAGAUGAACGUUGGUGUGUGUGCACGCGCGGGUGUGCGUGUGUGUGCGUGUGUGUGUGAGGAAGAUCUGAAGAUGAGGAUGAAGGAUUAAAGGCUGGAUUUUCUGGGCGGACUGGUCAGUAAUGGAUGCUGCCUUGUGAACACGACACACGGCCCUUCGGGAAGCUGAACAAUCAUCGGCAAGAGGAGGAGAGUUGUGGACGAUUGCAACACUUCAGCCAUGUGGGGGCGGAGCCAGAUGAGUUUCACCAUCGCACACCUCAAGCCAGAACAUUUCUUGCACUGACCAACGCUGAACGGUGUCGGCCUUCCCUGCAGAGCUUUGCCCCCGGGGCGCCCCUGCUAUGAGCCCCAGAUCCCUAGGCUUCAGCAGGCAGUCCAUCCUCAGUGCCAGGCACUGUGUGGGCAUCCCACCAGUCUGGGUUUUGCCCACACAGGACACAGACUGCCCCUGAGCAAAAAGAAUGAAACGCUCCUAAGUCACUCGCUGGUUGUGACGUCCUACCCACCUCCUCUCCGGAAGAUCCUCGGCCUCUGCCGCAGUUACCGUAACCUCUUCUUUGCAAUUUGCUCCCUCGUCCGGCGGCAGCACGAGUUCCUUUGCGCUCACCACGUGGUGGAGGACCAUGGGAUGCCGUCAGAGCUCGGAGGAGAAGGAAGCGGCUCGGCGCUCGCGGCGGAUCGACCGCCACCUGCGCUCCGAAAGCCAGCGACAGAGGCGUGAGAUCAAGUUAUUACUGCUGGGCACCAGCAACUCUGGCAAGAGCACCAUCGUCAAGCAGAUGAAGAUCAUCCACAGCGGCGGCUUCAACCUGGAGGCCUGCAAAGAAUACAAGCCCCUCAUCCUGUACAACGCCAUCGACUCGCUCACCCGCAUCAUCCGUGCCCUCACCACUCUGAAGAUCGACUUUCAAGACCCUGAUCGCGCCUACGACGCCGUGCAGCUCUUCGCCCUCACGGGGCCGGCGGAAAGCAAGGGCGAGAUCACUCCGGAGUUGCAGGGGGUCAUGAAACGCCUGUGGGCGGACUCCGGGGUCCAGGAGUGCUUUCAACGGUCCAACGAGUACCACUUGGAAGACAACACGGCGUACUACCUGAACGACCUGGACCGCAUCUCCGCGGCCGAGUUCAUCCCCACGGUGGAAGACAUCCUGCGGUCCCGCGACAUGACCACCGGCAUCGUGGAGAACAAGUUCACCUUCAAGGAGCUCACCUUCAAGAUGGUGGACGUUGGCGGACAGCGAUCAGAGAGAAAGAAGUGGAUCCAUUGCUUCGAGGGCGUGACUGCAAUCAUUUUCUGUGUUGAACUGAGCGGCUAUGACCUCAAACUCUACGAGGACAACCAGACGAGCCGCAUGGCGGAGAGUCUGCGCCUGUUCGACUCCAUCUGCAACAACAACUGGUUCACCAACACGUCGCUCAUCCUCUUCCUCAACAAGAAGGACCUGCUGGCGGAGAAGAUCAAGCGCAUCCCGCUGACGCUGUGCUUCCCCGACUACAAGGGCCAGAACACCUACGAGGAGGCGGCCGUCUACGUCCAGCGGCAGUUCGAGGACCUGAACCGCAACAAGGAGACCAAGGAGAUCUACUCGCACUUCACCUGUGCCACCGACACCAGCAACAUCCAGUUUGUGUUCGACGCCGUCACGGACGUGAUCAUCCAGAACAAUCUCAAGUACAUCGGCCUGUGCUAGGACCCGGUCGGUCCAUGGGGGGGUCAGGGAACGCACGUUUCUGUUCACGCGCGAGAUGUCCCAUCAAGUGGAGCACUUAACGGCGGCCAUGUUGGACACACCUUCCUCCACCUGCCGGCCGCACCUGAGACCAGCGAGCACCCGCCAGGUGACUUUGGUUUUUGACUGAAGACUUUUAAUGCUGCUUUACAAAAACUACAUGGACACUUUUUCUUUUGGGGACUUUUUUUUUUUUUUUUGCCACUUUGGUCCACACCUGCUCAAAAUUGUGCACUUCACGCUCGUAUUCUCAUGUCAUGUGACCACAGCUGCGCCGUCAAGAACAUAAACGCGACGCAAACAUUGGAGAGGUAAAAAUAUCCCACCAGCAGACAGAAUUCCAGUGACCUCUAAGUGUCCUCUAAAGCAGGGGGUGUCCAAACUACGGCGCCUUUGACAUUGUGAGGACUCUGGGCGAGACAAAACCGCAGCAUUUACUUAUAUGACCCAAUGCAAACAACCUUCUCUAGUCAUGGUGCAAAAACAACAACAACAAAUCGAACCAACACAACACCAUUUGUGGAUAUUAUCAAAAACAACCAUGUACCUUAAAAAUUUUCCGAGUUACACCCAUUGCAAAGCAUGAUGGGAAAAAUGCAAAAUUUGGACACCCCUGCUCUGAAGGAACUCAAGUCCUUAACCGUGUCAAGUGACUAAGAGACCAAGUGGGGACCCUUACUUACAUAUCUAGUAUAAAGUUGUGUACUCUCCUAAAAGUACCGUGUUGUUGUGCAAUACUAAAAUGUUCACAUACUACAGUAGAGAGCAGCUAAUCGCCAGCUGUUAGCCAGGAACCCUAAUUGCUAGUUAUCUAUAGAUAAAAUAUAAUUAUUUUAACUACAUUUGCGGAAAAGUUGCACAGGGAGUAUGAAAAAAUAAAUAUAUAUUUUCUAAAAUUCUUAUCAACCAAAGAUUUCCUGACCUCCCUGCAAUACCUCUGCGGAUCCCUAGGGGUCACGGACCCUCAGUUUAGAAGCUUUUGCUGAAAUCCAAGUUAGUAAAUACAACAGAAUAUAAAAAUUAAUAAAAUAAUGUAUUCUUGGAAUGCUGAGUCACGUA